AUGAAGCGCUACACGUACCUCGACGGUAAACGCAAGUCGGCCAGCAAGCCAGAGGCCAAGAAGAAGCGCGAAGCUCUAUCAACCACCUUCCAAUGCCUGUUCUGCAACCACGAGAAUUCUGUCUCGGUCAAAAUCGACAAGAAAGCCAGCACUGGUGAACUGACCUGCAAGGUCUGCGGACAAACAUUCCAAACCGUGACCAACUGUACGUUUACAGGAACAAAGAAGAGAAUUGCCACAUGCAGGAACUUCAAUAACACCUAUCCUGCAGAUCUCAGCGCGCCCAUCGACGUGUACUCGGAUUGGGUAGAUGCUUGCGAUGCUGUAGCCAAACAAGCCGGCGACAGCACAUCGCAGCCGAGAAGAGACACAUACAGUGGCACUGCAUCACAAUCGCGCUCGCAGGCUCAAGGAGCUGCUGCCAAUACUGCAGCCGACGACGGCUUCAUCGACGACGACGAGCUUGAUGCAGAGGCAGAUUACGCCGACGAGUAA